AUGCCAGGCAUCGUUCCACAUUCGCAUGCUGAGGGUACUUGCCCCGUAACAGGAGCCACAUCCCAUGCAUACUGCGCUCCGCAACCAGACGAUAAACGGGCACCAUGUCCAGCACUGAACACACUCGCAAAUCACGGAUAUCUUCCACGAGAUGGAAAGCAGAUCGACGCCGCUGUCCUCAUCCGCGCCCUCGAAGAGGGCUACGACAUCUCAGCUCCACUAGCAUACGUCCUUGCCUACGGUGGCCAUUUCCUUCUGGGCCAAUUCGGUCCCUUCCAACUCGACGACCUCGCACGGCAUAACAAGAUCGAGCACAAUGCGUCGCUCAUCCAUCCCGACGCCCGUGGCCGCGACGAGUACGCCCCUAUUCAUAGCGAUCCCGUGCUCUGGAAGGAGCUCGUGAAGAAUGCUUCGGAUGGGAAGAAGUUGACGACAGCCGAUGUUGCAGAGGCUAGGGUGAGGAGGGAAACGGAUGAGAUGAAGGCGGGGAAGGAAGCCCUGGAUGGCUUUCACGCAGAGAUCGCGAGGGGCGAAAUGGCGAUCGCAUUGGGGAUGUUCUCGAAGGAUGGAGAAGACGGGAUUCCAAUGGGAACGUUGAAGCAGUGGAUGCUGGAGGAGAGGUUGCCGGAGGGAUGGAAGCCAACACAUAUCCAGGGACUGUUGAACACGGUAGCGAAGGCACGGGAGAUCAAAGGCGCUAUGGAGAAGAUCAGGGCCAGUGAAGAUGCGAAGGAGAAAGCUGGUGAGAGCCACUUGAAGUUGGUUCAAAACUUCAAGCUAUGA